GACCGGAUAACAACAACACGGUUACGGAUUCGACCACAUCGGUAGCUCCCAAGCGACAUAAAACCGAAACAUUGGAGCUCUUUGGACCGUUAUGUGUGUUAUAGACAUCAGUGUUUUAAACACGCUGUCUGCGUAUAAAGUUAUUCCAUUUCACACUGACGCUGUUAGUCAGCUAGCUGGUUAAAAUAGCCUAGCACUAGGCUAGUCGAUCAUGCGAAUGAACCAACAUCUCAGGACAUGAACUCACUAAAUUACUCCCACUCUGCUGAAGAAGAAGCUCGUGGCCUGAACGUUGUCGUGGCAGAGGAAGAGGAGGAAAAAGAAGCGUUCGGAAUGAAAGAAGAGAAGAAGGCUAUCACAUUGAAAGAAGAAGAAGAAGAAGAAGAAGAAGGUAUUGGAGUAAAUGAGGCGAUGUACGUUACAGGGAAAGAAGUGGAGAAAGAAGAAGACGCCGUUUUUAGAGUGAAGGAGGAGAUUACUGUCACAGUGAAAGGAGAGGAAGAAGAGCAUGUUUUAGUGAAGGAAGAAGAGGAUGUCUUUGGAGUGAAAGAGGAGGAAGAAGCUAUGAGAGUGAAAGAUGAGGGGGAUGAUGAUGAUGAAGAGGAGGGGGAGACUGGAGAUCUGAUUAACACCAAAGAGAGACCAGACUCUCAGUCUGACGGCAGAAAGAGUCCUUUGGGGGAACCAGUCCCAGAGACGCCCAAACCAGCAAGACCACACCACUGCUCCCACUGUGGAAAGAGUUUUUCCCGGUUAUGGGACCGGAAAAUACAUGAGAGAAUACACUCUGGAGUGAAGCCUUACCACUGCUCAGACUGUGGAAAGAGAUUUACCCAGCUAGGGCACCUGAAAGAACAUAAGAGAACACACACUGGUGAGAAGCCCUACCAAUGCUCCCAGUGUGGAAAGAGUUUUAACCAGUUAGGGGCCCUGAAAACGCAUGAGAGAAUACACACAGGAGAAAAGCCCUACCAAUGCUCCCAAUGUGAAAAGAGAUUUACCCAGUUAGGUACCCUGAAAGAGCAUGAAUUAAAACACACAAAGACACAGGAGAAGACAUACCACUGCUCUCAUUGUGGGAAGACAUUUUCCAGGUCAGAGGACCUGAAAUCACAUGAGAGAAUAGCGAGGCUGUGUUCCGACUUGUGUUUUUGACUGAGAUUUUUUUGUUGCCUUUGUUCAUGCUAGAUGCUGUUCAUCACGUUUGCCGCUUGCUGACUGAUAUAUUUUUUUUAAAGAGACAGUUCCUGAAGACAAAUGAAUAAUGUCAGUCAUCAGUAUUUUACAGUUCUUCCAGAGGGGGCGGUAACUGUCAGUGUACUUGACCUCUGAUUCGUCGAGCUUCAUGUCAGUCAUUCCCACUUCGGUCCACGUGUGUGAAAGAAGGUGUGGUUGGUUGCAUUUUUACAAAGGCCCUGAUCUAUUUUCCACUAAUAUGGUCUUAUGAUCACAUCAGAUAUUUUUUUUUCAGAGCUGAUCUAUGUGGUCAAAAGACCAAUUGGUGGAUUUAUUUUUUAUUUUUAGAAUUUAGAAUUUAGAAUUCUGAGUAAGAUUCUGUUAAUAAAUAAUGCCAUCCA